UCGUCCUAAGUAGUUAGCUUUGUUCUCUCCUCUUGAGAAGUAAAAGCUAAGGGGUCUUCCCUUUUCAGAAUCUCCAUAGCACACUUCAUACACUAGUCGGAGCUCCUGCAGGCCUCUCGUGUCACCACAAUACGGGGAGCUGAGUGAAGGAUAGAACUGAUUGUUCCCAGCAAUUAGCUAAGGCUCCUGCAACCAGGCAGGACUUGGGCGCUCAGAGCUCCAGUCUCAGCUUAAGUCCUCCCCAACCUUCCCAGUCUGAACUACAGAAGAGUUUGGGAAGGAUAGCAAGCCGCCCUCAGGUUCCUCACCUGAAUCGGACAAGCCAGGCGACUGUAGAAACGCCCCAGAAUGGGGAAUGCCCAUUUGUGCAACAAACCCUGACUCCCCGCUCUGCACCUCCCUCGCAGGCGAGUAACUGAAUCAAAGGCGCCUUCCUCAACCCUAGAGCUCCUCAGCAAAGCUUCCUCCCCGCCCCUCCCCCGGAGCAUUUCUUUAGGUCCCCUCGGGGGUCUCGGAGGAGACACACACAGGUGCUCAGCGACACUUCUGGAAAGAGAGGAAAGGCGCUUGAGUGUCACUUCGCGUGAGCGCCCGGGGCGGGCCCUGCUGGCAAACACACACACCCAAGCUACCCGGAGCUCAGAAGGGGCCAGGCGGGGCUAUCGCUUUCCCUGGGGGGUAGCUGACCGGCUCAGCUGGGAGUGUGAGAAGGUCUUUCACUUCGGAGCGUUGCUCCCCAGCCAUGACCGGGCUCGGGGUUCUCCUGCCUCUGAUUCCUACCCCAGCAAGAGACUACACUCACAGUGAGAACCAUGGCUGUUCCCGGACACUCAGCGCCCGGAUGGGUCGGAGGGAAGUUUUGCUUCUUCUCAAGCUGCAGACCAGGGCUGGGAAGUUCCACCUUCUUGCCAGCCAGAAACGCAGCCUUGGGGGUCCUGAUAGUUAUCUUUAUUGCUGGACCAUUAUCUAAAGGUGGUAAUACCCAAGUGACCAGUAUCAACUCUGAGGUGUUGGAAUCAAGUCAUAACAUUACUGAACGGGAGUCUGGGUGCCCGAAAGGCCUACAUCGUGAUGGUAAAUUCUGCUGUCACCUAUGUCCUCCUGGCACACGGAAAGAUACUGGUUGUACAACUGAUGAGGGCAAACCAGACUGUGUUCCCUGUCCAGAAGGAGAGGAGUACACAGACAGGAAACAUUAUUCUUCUAAAUGCAGAAGAUGUGGAAUUUGUGAUGGAGAACAAGGCUUAGAAGUGGAAAAAAACUGUACCCAGAUCCAGAAUACCCAGUGCAGAUGUAAAUCAAACUUUUUUUGUGACAUUCCUCCAUGCGAGCACUGUAAUCCUUGCGAUACGUGUGAACAUGGAAUCAGUGAGAAUUGCACACCAACCAACAACACCAAAUGUAAAGUGUUCCAAUCUACAGGAUCCAGCCGUGGGUAUCUGUGGUUCCUCAUCUUCAUCCCGAUUUCAGCACUUGCAGGAUCAGUAAUUUGGUGGCGGAAAAGACGAGGCAGGAAUAAUGUUGGUCACAAUGAAUCUAGAGCUUCAAUUCCUAGAAUAGUUCCAAUGAAUUUCUCAGACAUCGACUUGAGUAAAUAUAUUACCACUAUUGCUGAGCAAAUGAAAAUAAAUCAAGUUAGAGAAUUCGUUCGGAAGAAUGGUAUCAAUGAAGCAAAAAUAGAUGAAAUCAAGAAUGACAAUCUCCAAGAUACAGCUGAACAGAAGGUCCAGCUGCUCCGUAAUUGGUAUCAACUUCACGGGAAGAAAGAUGCAUAUUGCACUUUGAUUCAAAGUCUCAAGAAAGCCAAUCUUUAUGUCCUUGCAGAGAAAAUUGAAGAUAUAGUCCAAAAGGACAUGGUUAGUGAACAUGAAAAUGCUAACAUCAGAAAUGAAAAUGAAAGCCAAAGCUUGGUCUAAAGUGAAAAACAACUCAGUUCUGAGUAUAGACAAUCAAUAGAAAGAAAAAGUAAUGUUUGAAUAUGUUUUUAAUAGGUGGGGGCUGUAAAUUUUGCUUUACUUCUUACUGGGUGUGUUUUCUUUUU